AAAAAUCCUUCCAAGGGCCCUUUGAAGCUGGCGAUUUUUUAUAAGACUCAUACAAUACCCCCACACAAUAUAAAAAAUCACCAAAGCAUUAGCUGCCCCGGAACUACCCCACCAGCCACCCCAAAAAAAAAUCCUUCCAAGGGCCCUUUGAAGCUGGCGAUUUUUUAUAAGACUCAUACAAUACCCCCACACAAUAUAAAAAAUCACCAAAGCAUUAGCUGCCCCGGAACUACCCCACCAGCCACCCCAAAAAAAAAUCCUUCCAAGGGCCCUUUGAAGCUGGCGAUUUUUUAUAAGACUCAUACAAUACCCCCACACAAUAUAAAAAAUCACCAAAGCAUUAGCUGCCCCGGAACUACCCCACCAGCCACCCCAAAAAAAAAUCCUUCCAAGGGCCCUUUGAAGCUGGCGAUUUUUUAUAAGACUCAUACAAUACCCCCACACAAUAUAAAAAAUCACCAAAGCAUUAGCUGCCCCGGAACUACCCCACCAGCCACCCCAAAAAAAAAUCCUUCCAAGGGCCCUUUGAAGCUGGCGAUUUUUUAUAAGACUCAUACAAUACCCCCACACAAUAUAAAAAAUCACCAAAGCAUUAGCUGCCCCGGAACUACCCCACCAGCCACCCCAAAAAAAAAUCCUUCCAAGGGCCCUUUGAAGCUGGCGAUUUUUUAUAAGACUCAUACAAUACCCCCACACAAUAUAAAAAAUCACCAAAGCAUUAGCUGCCCCGGAACUACCCCACCAGCCACCCCAAAAAAAAAUCCUUCCAAGGGCCCUUUGAAGCUGGCGAUUUUUUAUAAGACUCAUACAAUACCCCCACACAAUAUAAAAAAUCACCAAAGCAUUAGCUGCCCCGGAACUACCCCACCAGCCACCCCAAAAAAAAAUCCUUCCAAGGGCCCUUUGAAGCUGGCGAUUUUUUAUAAGACUCAUACAAUACCCCCACACAAUAUAAAAAAUCACCAAAGCAUUAGCUGCCCCGGAACUACCCCACCAGCCACCCCAAAAAAAAAUCCUUCCAAGGGCCCUUUGAAGCUGGCGAUUUUUUAUAAGACUCAUACAAUACCCCCACACAAUAUAAAAAAUCACCAAAGCAUUAGCUGCCCCGGAACUACCCCACCAGCCACCCCAAAAAAAAAUCCUUCCAAGGGCCCUUUGAAGCUGGCGAUUUUUUAUAAGACUCAUACAAUACCCCCACACAAUAUAAAAAAUCACCAAAGCAUUAGCUGCCCCGGAACUACCCCACCAGCCACCCCAAAAAAAAAUCCUUCCAAGGGCCCUUUGAAGCUGGCGAUUUUUUAUAAGACUCAUACAAUACCCCCACACAAUAUAAAAAAUCACCAAAGCAUUAGCUGCCCCGGAACUACCCCACCAGCCACCCCAAAAAAAAAUCCUUCCAAGGGCCCUUUGAAGCUGGCGAUUUUUUAUAAGACUCAUACAAUACCCCCACACAAUAUAAAAAAUCACCAAAGCAUUAGCUGCCCCGGAACUACCCCACCAGCCACCCCAAAAAAAAAUCCUUCCAAGGGCCCUUUGAAGCUGGCGAUUUUUUAUAAGACUCAUACAAUACCCCCACACAAUAUAAAAAAUCACCAAAGCAUUAGCUGCCCCGGAACUACCCCACCAGCCACCCCAAAAAAAAAUCCUUCCAAGGGCCCUUUGAAGCUGGCGAUUUUUUAUAAGACUCAUACAAUACCCCCACACAAUAUAAAAAAUCACCAAAGCAUUAGCUGCCCCGGAACUACCCCACCAGCCACCCCAAAAAAAAAUCCUUCCAAGGGCCCUUUGAAGCUGGCGAUUUUUUAUAAGACUCAUACAAUACCCCCACACAAUAUAAAAAAUCACCAAAGCAUUAGCUGCCCCGGAACUACCCCACCAGCCACCCCAAAAAAAAAUCCUUCCAAGGGCCCUUUGAAGCUGGCGAUUUUUUAUAAGACUCAUACAAUACCCCCACACAAUAUAAAAAAUCACCAAAGCAUUAGCUGCCCCGGAACUACCCCACCAGCCACCCCAAAAAAAAAUCCUUCCAAGGGCCCUUUGAAGCUGGCGAUUUUUUAUAAGACUCAUACAAUACCCCCACACAAUAUAAAAAAUCACCAAAGCAUUAGCUGCCCCGGAACUACCCCACCAGCCACCCCAAAAAAAAAUCCUUCCAAGGGCCCUUUGAAGCUGGCGAUUUUUUAUAAGACUCAUACAAUACCCCCACACAAUAUAAAAAAUCACCAAAGCAUUAGCUGCCCCGGAACUACCCCACCAGCCACCCCAAAAAAAAAUCCUUCCAAGGGCCCUUUGAAGCUGGCGAUUUUUUAUAAGACUCAUACAAUACCCCCACACAAUAUAAAAAAUCACCAAAGCAUUAGCUGCCCCGGAACUACCCCACCAGCCACCCCAAAAAAAAAUCCUUCCAAGGGCCCUUUGAAGCUGGCGAUUUUUUAUAAGACUCAUACAAUACCCCCACACAAUAUAAAAAAUCACCAAAGCAUUAGCUGCCCCGGAACUACCCCACCAGCCACCCCAAAAAAAAAUCCUUCCAAGGGCCCUUUGAAGCUGGCGAUUUUUUAUAAGACUCAUACAAUACCCCCACACAAUAUAAAAAAUCACCAAAGCAUUAGCUGCCCCGGAACUACCCCACCAGCCACCCCAAAAAAAAAUCCUUCCAAGGGCCCUUUGAAGCUGGCGAUUUUUUAUAAGACUCAUACAAUACCCCCACACAAUAUAAAAAAUCACCAAAGCAUUAGCUGCCCCGGAACUACCCCACCAGCCACCCCAAAAAAAAAUCCUUCCAAGGGCCCUUUGAAGCUGGCGAUUUUUUAUAAGACUCAUACAAUACCCCCACACAAUAUAAAAAAUCACCAAAGCAUUAGCUGCCCCGGAACUACCCCACCAGCCACCCCAAAAAAAAAUCCUUCCAAGGGCCCUUUGAAGCUGGCGAUUUUUUAUAAGACUCAUACAAUACCCCCACACAAUAUAAAAAAUCACCAAAGCAUUAGCUGCCCCGGAACUACCCCACCAGCCACCCCAAAAAAAAAUCCUUCCAAGGGCCCUUUGAAGCUGGCGAUUUUUUAUAAGACUCAUACAAUACCCCCACACAAUAUAAAAAAUCACCAAAGCAUUAGCUGCCCCGGAACUACCCCACCAGCCACCCCAAAAAAAAAUCCUUCCAAGGGCCCUUUGAAGCUGGCGAUUUUUUAUAAGACUCAUACAAUACCCCCACACAAUAUAAAAAAUCACCAAAGCAUUAGCUGCCCCGGAACUACCCCACCAGCCACCCCAAAGUUUUACCCUUAU